AUUGUUGUACAAAUUUUUUUUCGCAAACGUCAAACAAAACAAAUUAUUUUUUUCUGUAAUUGCGGCUAAAUUGUUUAACGCAAUUAUUUUGUAAAAAAAUCCAAACAGUAUUUAUUAAAAAUUGUGUUUAAAGUAAUCAUAAACAGUGCCCCUCAUAAUGGCCGAUCCAAAAUUCGAAAAUUUGCCAGGAAUAGCUUAUGACCAACCCGAUGUCUAUGAAACACCUGACAAUCCAGAACAGGAAACUUCUGACUAUUAUGAGGAAGAGCCAGAAAAUGAGGCCAUUGAACGUUUACAUAUUUCCACGAAAGAUUCGUAUAAACGUUUUCAUGGUGCCACCCUCGAGGGUAAUGUAGACUUUUCCGAUCGUAUUGGUAGACGUCUGUGCCGUGGCUAUGAGGCUUCCUCGGGCGAAUUUGAAUUAGUGGGUAUGGGUGAACGUGAAACACCCGUACAAAAGUGCCGACGUUUGCAGUGUGAAAUGAAUGAGUUGUUGGAAGAGGUUUCUUCUUUGCAAAAUGAUCGCAAAUUGGUGCAGGAAGAAAAAGAAUCUUACGAUGCUGUGGCUACUGUUAUUGCCACAGCCAAAAAGGUUCUAGACUCUCUUAGGUUAGAACAAGUAUUGGGCAAGGAGCAGGCUCCCAGUAAAACCGACAAAGAAGUCAAGGCUCUUAUCAAUCAAGUGGAGGAAUAUAAGAAAUCAGGUGUUUUAACAGCUAUACCUACUCCUGGUACAGAUUUGGCUGCUUCGGCCCGCAUAGCUAAGCUGGAACAUCGUCUGCAUCAAUUGGAACAGGCGGUGGGAGCUCAACCAGAAAAAUUAAGUCGCUUAACUACUCUAACACAAAGCACCAAUGUUAUGGACGCUGUACGCCAGUUGAGUACUAAAGCGGCUCUCUUGCAAUCGGAAAAAAUCGAUGCCAUUGAGGAGCGUUUGGGUUCCUUGGCUACUAAAAUGGAUGCUAUAGCCGAGAAAUCAAGUGGUUCAGCGGACGAGGCUAAACGUGAUCAAAAAGUUGUCGAUUUGUAUGAUAUUGCCAAGAGAACCGAACCUGUAGCCGAAAUUUUACCCGACAUCAUUGAAAGAAUGCAGGCAUUGGAGUCUCUACAUAAAUAUGCCAUGAACUUUGCUAAGAUAAUUGCUGAAAUCGAAGAAAAACAAAGCACCAUUACUACUUCGUUGGUCAAUAACAAAGAACUCCUGCAUUCGGUACAGGAAACAUUUGCACAAAAUCUCGAAACUAUUAAUAAAGAGGUGGCUAAAGUAGAGGAACGUGUCAAUACAGUGGCUGGUAGUAAAAAAUAAGAAACAAGACAUUUUUGAGUCAUACUCACUUUACUUUAUUAAUUACCACUAAAAAAAAGAUAACAUUUAAAGUUAAUUUAAUAAAUUAAUUAUAACAACAUUAAAA